ACCCCCCAGUUCAGUAAUAAGUUACUGAACAGAGGAAAAAUGGGGAAAAGCAGGGGCAUUUGGAACCCUCUCUAUGUUCUCUUGAUAGUGCUUCCCUGUCUUCAGGCUCAAGGCACUUAUUCCUUUAUUUCACCAAGCUUGAAUCCCAUUUUCACAAGCAGUUCCUCUGCCCACAAUGGAUACGUUUGCAGUACAUGGGGAAAUACCUAUUUCAAGGCUUUAGAUGGUGAUAUCUUCUACUUCCCUGGACAAUGUAACUACUUGUUUGCUUCAAACUGCAAAAGUGUCACUGAAGAAUUCAACAUUCAGAUCAGGCGUUCUGUUGUGAAUGGGUUACCUACAGUCAGCCACAUUGGCAUGAUCAUCGAAGGAGUAUUUAUUGAACUUACAAAAGAUACCAUUACGUUCAAUAGCCAAGUGGUUGAUCUGCCAUACAGUUUGUCCGGAAUUCAAGUUGAUAGACUUGGGCCGUACAUCAGAGUCAUUUCCAAAGCAGGUCUGGAAUUUAAGUGGAAUGAAGAUGAUGCUGCAAUGUUGGAACUGGAUCCAAAAUUUCAGAACCAGACUUGUGGUCUUUGUGGGGACUUUAAUGGAAUUCCUGUGUACAAUGAAUUCAUGUUUAACAGUGUUAGGUUAACAGAUAAUCAAUAUGGGAAUCUGCAGAAGAUGAAUGGGCCAACUGAAACCUGUGCAGAUGUGCUUGAGGUUCCUCAGGACAACUGCACUGAUUUGAGCAACAUAUGCCACGUGGUCUUGUCCAGUGCAGCAUUUUCAUCCUGCAACAGCCUUGUAGAUCCUUCUCCAUACAUAAAUGUUUGUGUACAGGAUCUAUGUAGAUGUUCAAGUAAUGCAACUGGGUUCUGCCUCUGUAAUACAUUCACAGAAUAUUCCCGUCAAUGCGCUCAUGCUGGGGGGGUCCCAAGCAACUGGAGAAAUGCCAAUUUGUGCCCUUUACAAUGUAACUACAACAUGGAGUACAGCGAAUGUGGAACUUCUUGUCCAGACACCUGUACCUACCCUGACCGCUCAUUAUCCUGUGAUAGACACUGCACAGAUGGAUGCUUUUGUCCUGCAGGAACUCUGUGGGAUGACAUUGGCAAUUCUGGCUGUAUUCCCAGCAGCCAGUGUUCUUGUGUUUAUAAUGGACAGGUAUAUAACUCAGGAAGCACAUAUUUUGCACAGUGUCAGUCAUGCACAUGCGUCAGAGGAAAAUGGCAAUGCGUUGACCAAGAUUGCACUGGAUCAUGUUCAGUUGUUGGAGGCUCUCACAUCACCACUUUUGAUUUCAAUCGUUACAACUUUUUUGGCGAUUGCAGCUACGUCCUGACCAAGACAAGUGACAACCAGUUCAGUGUAGUGGGAGAAUUGAUGAAGUGCGAACUUAAAGACACUACAACUUGUCUAAAAAGUAUUGUCAUCUCUUUAGAGUACGGAAAUGAGGUUAUUGAAAUUCAACCCACCGGCAGUGUAGAUGUGAAUGGAAUAUACUCCCAGCUACCAGUCUCAUCAGCAAGUGUGACCAUCUUCCAGCCUGCAUCCUUCUUCAUCAUUGUGCAAACAGCUAUAGGACUUCAGGUGGAGAUUCAGUUAGGCUCUGUAAUGCAAGUGUACAUUUAUCUAGAUCCAAAGUGGAGGGCACAAGUGUAUGGUCUCUGCGGUGACUACAAUAAUGUUCAAAUGGAUGACUUCAAAGUACUUAGUGGAGUUAUUGAAGGAACUGCCGCUUCUUUUGGUAACACCUGGAAGACUCAAGCAAGCUGCCCAAAUGUCAUAUCACACUUUGAUGAUCCUUGCUCACUCAGUGUUGAAAAUGCAAACUAUGCUCAGUUCUGGUGCUCAAAGUUGACCGACCCUGCAGGACCAUUUGCAACAUGCCAUUCUACAGUGGAUCCACAGCUAUACAAAACGAACUGUAUGUUUGACUCAUGCAACUAUGCCAAUAGUGAGGACUACAUGUGUGCAGCUCUCUCAGCUUACGUCCAUGCUUGCGCUAGAGUGGGUGUUGCCAUAACAGGAUGGAGAGAUUCUAGCUGCAAUGCAUCGACCACAUGCCAAAGCAGUCUGACUUACAACUACUAUGUAACAUCCUGCCAACCUACCUGCCGUUCCCUCAGCGAGCCUGACGUUACUUGUGAUAUCAACUUUGUGCCUGUUGAUGGCUGCGUUUGUACAGAUGGAACAUUCCUUAAUGAGCAGGGCGUCUGUGUUCCUCGUGAACAAUGUCCAUGCUAUUUCAGGGGCAAGAUCGUGAAUUCAGGAGAAACAGUUAGGGAACUUGGAGCCUUGUGUACCUGCUCCCUUGGAAAACUAGACUGCAUUGGACACCUUAAUCUUUCAAAAGUGUGUUCGGGAAGCAAGGUCUACUUUGACUGCAAUAAUCAAAACGCUACUGCCACUGGUGUGGAAUGCGAGAAAAGUUGUCAGACUCUUGAUAUGAACUGCUACAGCGCUCAGUGUGUGUCUGGCUGCAUGUGCCCUAAUGGAUAUGUAGCUAACGGAACUGAUGGAUGCAUUCUGGAGGAACAGUGUCCCUGCAUUUACAACAAUGAUCCCUAUGACGAGGGUGCUACAAUUCGAGCUUCAUGCAGAACAUGCACCUGUCAAAACAGAAUGUGGUAUUGCACUGGUGAAACUUGUCUGGCAACCUGUGCCGUGUAUGGAGAUGGCCACUAUUACACAUUCGACAGCAACAGAUAUGGUUUCAGUGGAGACUGUCAAUACGUCCUGGCUCAAGAUUAUUGUUCUGAUCCCAAUAAUGGUACCUUCCGUAUCAUCACUGAAAACAUCCCAUGUGGUAGCACAGGAACCACUUGUUCCAAAUCCAUUCGAUUCUAUCUUGGAAAUAAUGUGCUAAUACUUUCUGAAGGAAAAUUUGAAGUUCAGUAUACAGGUUCCGGAACCUAUGUGCCAUACAAAGUGCACCAGAUGGGUAUAUUUUUGGUGGUUGAGACUCUGAAUGGAAUAGUUCUGGUCUGGGAUAAGAAAACAAGUAUUUAUAUUAAGCUUCAGCCACAAUUUCAGGGCAAAACUUGUGGAUUAUGUGGCAACUAUGAUGGAAACUCUAUAAAUGACUUCACCACCAGAAGUCUAUCAGUCGUUUCAGAUGUUCUGGAAUUUGGAGACAGCUGGAAACAGUCCACAAGUUGUCCAGCUCCUUUAGCAAUUGGGGAUUCUUGUGCAGCCAACACAUACAGGAAGCCAUGGGCAGAGAAAAAGUGCAGCGUUAUUAUUGGUACCACCUUCGCAGCUUGCCAUGCUGUUGUGAACCCAAAUCCAUAUUAUUCCACAUGUGUCAAUGAUGCUUGUGCCUGUGAUACUGGUGGGGAUUGUGAGUGUCUCUGUACUGCAAUUGCCGCAUAUGCCCAAGCCUGCAGUGAGGCUGGAGCCUGUGUCAGCUGGAGAACCCCAGAUUUCUGUCCCUUGUUCUGUGACUACUACAACCUCGACGGACAGUGUGAAUGGCACUACCAAGCCUGUGGCGCCCCAUGCAUGAAGACUUGCAGGAACCCCACUGGAUUAUGCUAUUACAAUUUGAUGGGCUUAGAAGGUUGUUACCCAGUAUGCCCACCUGACAGACCUUACUUUGAUGAAGAAAGGAUGGUCUGUGUCAAGUCUUGCUGUUAUGAUAACAUAGGCAGAAAUUAUGGGGUUGGUAAGGUGAUGCCCAGAGAGCCUGAAGAUGGUAACUGCACAAUUUGUCUUUGCACCAGACAAGGAAGGCAAUGCUUCGCCGAUACAGAUUGUUGUGAUUAUGAUAACACAAAGUAUACAACAACACAACCAAUCUACUGUACAAGUGAUGGACUGGGAGGGAGUGUCCAUGCCAUUUGCGAGAAUGGAACAAUCACAAGAUAUGCUACAGAUACACCUUGCACAACUACUACAACUCCAGUAACCACAACAAGUGUUACUACAGUAACAUCCACACCACCAGAUUGUUAUUCCCACCCCACUGAUGGGGUAACUCCUAAUGGUGACUCUGCCACUUCACCUGAUGUUUCACCUUAUACGAAUCAAGAUAUUGUUCCCUCGGAAGCUCCUAUCUGUACAUUGACCCCAUGGAUUGAUGUAAGCUAUCCAGUAUAUGGAGGAACUGGAGAUGAUGAAUCUUUUGAUAAUAUCAGAAGACAUGGAAUUUCUAUUUGUAAUGAUACCAUGAGUAUAGUGAGUGUGGAUUGCAGAGCAAAAGAUUUUCCCAGUGCUUCACUGCAAGACUUAAGUCAAACCAUAACAUGCAACACAGAAGUAGGUCUAAUUUGCCUUAACACUGACAACUUCCCAAAAUGCGACAACUAUGAAAUCCAAAUCCAAUGCUGCAGCCCAAAUACAGCUACAGAACCAACAACAAAAACACCCAGAUCAACUACUACUUGUUCAAUGCAUACAACAACUAUAAGCAGCCCAACAACAACAUCAACAACAAGCCAGCCAACAACUACUACUACAAGUCCAACAACAACCAAAUCUCCAACAACAACAACCACAAGCCAUCCAACAACAACGACGACAAGCCACCCAACUACUACAACAACGACCACAACCCAUUCAACUACAACAACAACAACAACCACAAGUCAUCCAACAACGACAACCACAAGCCAUCCAACAACAACAACUACUACUACUACUACAAGCCAGCCAACAACAACAACCACAAGCCAGCCAACAACAACAACCACAAGCCAGCCAACAACUACAACCACAAGUCAUCCAACAACAACAACUACAAGCCAUCCAACAACAACUACUACUACUACUACAAGCCAUCCAACAACAACUACCACAAGCCAUCCAACAACUACAACCACAAGCCAUCCGACAACUACAACCACAAGCCAGCCAACAACGACAACCACAAGCCAUCCAACUACAACAAGCCAACCAACAACUACAACCACAAGCCAUUCAACAACUACAACCAUAAGUCCUACAACCACAAGUCCUACAACAACUACAUACCCUACAGAGACCACAACCAGCGUUACUACAGUGACACAUACCAGAACACAUGCUUGUACUACUCCCUCUUCUCGUCUUGUCACAUCACCUCCUAUCUGUACGGUGACCCCAUGGAUUGAUGUAAGCUAUCCAGUAUAUGGAGGAACUGGAGAUGAUGAAUCCUUUGAUAAUAUCAGAAGCCAUGGAAUUUCUAUUUGUAAUGAUACUAUGACUGUCGUGAGUGUUGACUGCAGAGCAAAAGAUUUUCCCAGUGCUUCACUGCAAGACUUAGGACAAACCAUAACAUGCAACACAGAAGUAGGUUUAAUUUGCCUUAACAGUGACAACUUCCCAAAAUGCGACAACUAUGAAAUUCAAAUUCAUUGCUGCACCACUAAUACUAUUACGAUAACCGAAACACCUACAGUGGCAACAGAAACAGUUCCAGAGACCACUACGUGUACAAUGACUACCACAACAACUACAAGCAGUCCAACAACAACCUCAACCACAACCCAUCCAACAACUACAACAACAAGUCCAUCAACUACAACAACCUCAACCCAUUCAACAACUACAACCACAAGUCAUCCAACAACAACAACCACAAGUCAUCCAACAACAACUACGACAAGCCAUCCAACCACAACUACUACAAGCCAUCCAACAACGACAACCACAAGUCAUCCAACAACCACAAGCCAGCCAACAACUACAACCACAAGCCACCCAACAACGUCAACCACAAGUCAUCCAACAACAACAACUACAAGCCAUCCAACAACAACAACUACUACUACUACAAGCCACCCAACAACAUCAACCACAAGCCAGCCAACAACAACAACUACAAGCCAUCCAACAACAACAACAACUACUACUACAAGCCAUCCAACAACAACUACCACAAGCCAUCCAACAACUACAACCACAAGCCAUCCGACAACUACAACCACAAGCCAGCCAACAACAACCACCACAAGCCAUCCAACAACUACAACCACAAGCCAGCCAACAACGACAACCACAAGUCCUACAACAACUACGGAGACAACAACCAGUGUUACUAUAGUGACACAUACCAGAUCACGUGCUUGUACUACUCCCUCUUCUCGUCUUGUCACAUCACCUCCUAUCUGUACGGUGACCCCAUGGAUUGAUGUAAGCUAUCCAGUAUAUGGAGGAACUGGAGAUGAUGAAUCCUUUGAUAAUAUCAGAAAACAUGGAAUUUCUAUUUGUAAUGAUACUAUGACUGUCGUGAGUGUUGACUGCAGAGCAAAAGAUUUUCCCAGUGCUUCACUGCAAGACUUAGGACAAACCAUAACAUGCAACACAGAAGUAGGUUUAAUUUGCCUUAACAGUGACAACUUCCCAAAAUGCGACAACUAUGAAAUUCAAAUUCAUUGCUGCACCACUAAUACUUAUACGAUAACAGAAACACCUACAGUGGCAACAGAAACAGUUCCAGAGACCACUACUUGUACAAUGACUACCACAACAACUACAAGCAGUCCAACAACUACCUCAACCACAACCCAUCCAACAACUACAACAACAAGUCCAUCAACUACAACAACCUCAACCCAUUCAACAACAACAACGACAACCACAAGUCAUCCAACAACUACAACUACAAGCCAUCCAACAACAACUACUACAAGCCAUCCAACAACAACGACUACAAGCCAUACAACAACAACCACAAGCCAUCCAACAACUACAACCACAAGCCAGCCAACAACUACAACCACAAGUCAUCCAACAACUUCUACUACAAGCCAUACAACAACAACAACAACAACCACAAGCCAGCCAACAACUACAACCACAAGCCACCCAACAACAACAACCACAAGCCAUCCAACUACUACAACCACAAGCCAUCCAACAACAACCUCCACAAGCCAUCCAACGACAACAACCACAAGCCAGCCAACAACGACAACCACAAGUCAGCCAACAACAACAACCACAAGCCAUCCAACAACAACCACAACAAGUCAUCCAACAACAACAACCACAAGCCUUCCAACAACAACAACCACAAGUCCUACAACAACUACAACUACAAGCAGUCCAACAACAACCUCAACCACAACCCAUCCAACAACUACCACAACAAGUCCAUCAACUACAACAACAACAACCACAAGUCAUCCAACAACUACAACUACAAGCCAUCCAACAACAACUACUACAAGCCAUCCAACAACAACAACUACAAGCCAUACAACAACAACCACAAGCCAGCCAACAACUACAACCACAAGUCAUCCAACAACAACAACAACUUCUACUACAAGCCAUACAACAACAACAACCACAAGCCAGCCAACAACUACAACCACAAGCCACCCAACAACUACAACCACAAGCCAUCCAACAACAACAACUACAAGCCAUACAACCACAAGCCAGCCAACAACUACAACCACAAGUCAUCCAACAACAACUUCUACUACAAGCCCUACAACAACAACAACCACAAGCCACCCAACAACUACAACCACAAGCCAUCCAACAACUACCACCACAAGUCAGCCAACAACAACAACCACAAGCCAUCCAACAACAACCACAACAAGCCAUCCAACAACAACAACCACAAGCCUUCCAACAACAACAACCACAAGUCCUACAACAACUACAACAUCUACGGAGACCACAACCAGUGUUACUACUGUAACACAUACCAGAACACAUGCUUGUACUACUCCCUCUUCUCGUCUUGUCACAUCACCUCCUAUCUGUACGGUGACCCCAUGGAUUGAUGUAAGCUAUCCAGUAUAUGGAGGAACUGGAGAUGAUGAAUCCUUUGAUAAUAUCAGAAGCCAUGGAAUUUCUAUUUGUAAUGAUACUAUGACUGUCGUGAGUGUUGACUGCAGAGCAAAAGAUUUUCCCAGUGCUUCACUGCAAGACUUAGGACAAACCAUAACAUGCAACACAGAAGUAGGUUUAAUUUGCCUUAACAGUGACAACUUCCCAAAAUGCGACAACUAUGAAAUUCAAAUUCAUUGCUGCACCACUAAUACUAUUACGAUAACAGAAACACCUACAGGGGCAACAGAAACAGUUCCAGAGACCACUACUUGUACAAUGACUACCACAACAACUACAAGCAGUCCAACAACAACCUCAACCACAACCCAUCCAACAACUACCACAACAAGUCCAUCAACUACAACAACGACAACCACAAGUCAUCCAACAACUACAACCACAAGCCAUCCAACAACAACUACUACAAGCCAUCCAACAACAACAACUACAAGCCAUACAACAACAACCACAAGCCAGCCAACAACUACAACCACAAGUCAUCCAACAACAACAACAACUUCUACUACAAGCCAUACAACAACAACAACCACAAGCCAGCCAACAACUACAACCACAAGCCACCCAACAACUACAACCACAAGCCAUCCAACAACAACAACUACAAGCCAUACAACCACAAGCCAGCCAACAACUACAACCACAAGUCAUCCAACAACAACUUCUACUACAAGCCCUACAACAACAACAACCACAAGCCACCCAACAACUACAACCACAAGCCAUCCAACAACUACCACCACAAGUCAGCCAACAACAACAACCACAAGCCAUCCAACAACAACCACAACAAGUCAUCCAACAACAACAACCACAAGCCUUCCAACAACAACAACCACAAGUCCUACAACAACUACAACAUCUACGGAGACCACAACCAGUGUUACUACUGUAACACAUACCAGAACACAUGCUUGUACUACUCCCUCUUCUCGUCUUGUCACAUCACCUCCUAUCUGUACGGUGACCCCAUGGAUUGAUGUAAGCUAUCCAGUAUAUGGAGGAACUGGAGAUGAUGAAUCCUUUGAUAAUAUCAGAAGCCAUGGAAUUUCUAUUUGUAAUGAUACUAUGACUGUCGUGAGUGUUGACUGCAGAGCAAAAGAUUUUCCCAGUGCUUCACUGCAAGACUUAGGACAAACCAUAACAUGCAACACAGAAGUAGGUUUAAUUUGCCUUAACAGUGACAACUUCCCAAAAUGCGACAACUAUGAAAUUCAAAUUCAUUGCUGCACCACUAAUACUAUUACGAUAACAGAAACACCUACAGUGGCAACAGAAACAGUUCCAGAGACCACUACUUGUACAAUGACUACCACAACAACUACAAGCAGUCCAACAACAACCUCAACCACAACCCAUCCAACAACUACAACAACAAGUCCAUCAACUACAACAACGACGACCACAAGUCAUCCAACAACUACAACUACAAGCCAUCCAACAACAACUACUACAAGCCAUCCAACAACAACAACUACAAGCCAUACAACAACAAGCCAGCCAACAACUACAACCACAAGUCAUCCAACAACAACAACAACAACAACAACUUCUACUACAAGCCAUACAACAACAACAACCACAAGCCAGCCAACAACUACAACCACAAGCCACCCAACAACUACAACCACAAGCCAUCCAACAACAACAACUACAAGCCAUACAACCACAAGCCAGCCAACAACUACAACCACAAGUCAUCCAACAACAACUUCUACUACAAGCCAGCCAACAACAACAACCACAAGCCACCCAACAACUACAACCACAAGCCAUCCAACAACUACAACAACUACCACAAGUCAGCCAACAACAACAACCACAAGCCAUCCAACAACAACCACAACAAGUCAUCCAACAACAACAACCACAAGCCACCCAACCACAACAAGUCAUCCAACAACAACAACCACAAGCCUUCCAACAACAACAAGUCCUACAACAACUACAACAUCUACGGAGACCACAACCAGUGUUACUACAGUAACACAUACCAGAACACAUGCUUGUACUACUCCCUCUUCUCGUCUUGUCACAUCACCUCCUAUCUGUACGGUGACCCCAUGGAUUGAUGUAAGCUAUCCAGUAUAUGGAGGAACUGGAGAUGAUGAAUCCUUUGAUAAUAUCAGAAGCCAUGGAAUUUCUAUUUGUAAUGAUACUAUGACUGUCGUGAGUGUUGACUGCAGAGCAAAAGAUUUUCCCAGUGCUUCACUGCAAGACUUAGGACAAACCAUAACAUGCAACACAGAAGUAGGUUUAAUUUGCCUUAACAGUGACAACUUCCCAAAAUGCGACAACUAUGAAAUUCAAAUUCAUUGCUGCACCACUAAUACUAUUACGAUAACAGAAACACCUACAGGGGCAACAGAAACAGUUCCAGAGACCACUACUUGUACAAUGACUACCACAACAACUACAAGCAGUCCAACAACUACCUCAACCACAACCCAUCCAACAACUACCACAACAAGUCCAACAACUACAACAACCUCAACCCAUUCAACAACAUCAACUACAAGUCAUCCAACAACAACAACAACAACUACGACAAGCCAUCCAACAACAACUACUACAAGCCAUCCAACAACGACAACCACAAGUCAUCCAACAACCACAAGCCAGCCAACAACUACAACCACAAGCCAUCCAACAACAACUACUACAAGCCAUCCAACAACGACAACCACAAGUCAUCCAACAACCACAAGCCAGCCAACAACUACAACCACAAGCCAUCCAACAACCACAAGCCAGCCAACAACUACAACCACAAGCCAUCCAACAACAACUACUACCAGCCAUCCAACAACGACAACCACAAGUCAUCCAACAACGACAACCACAAGUCAUCCAACAACCACAAGCCAGCCAACAACUACAACCACAAGCCAUCCAACAACAACUACUACAAGCCAUCCAACAACGACAACCACAAGUCAUCCAACAACCACAAGCCAGCCAACAACAACAACCACGAGCCAUCCAACAACAACAUCUACAAGUCCUACAACAACUACAACAUCUACGGAGACCACAACCAGUGUUACUACAGUAACACAUACCAGAACACAUGCUUGUACUACUCCCUCUUCUCGUCUUGUCACAUCACCUCCUAUCUGUACGGUGACCCCAUGGAUUGAUGUAAGCUAUCCAGUAUAUGGAGGAACUGGAGAUGAUGAAUCCUUUGAUAAUAUCAGAAGCCAUGGAAUUUCUAUUUGUAAUGAGACCAUGACUGUCGUGAGUGUUGACUGCAGAGCAAAAGAUUUUCCCAGUGCUUCACUGCAAGACUUAGGACAAACCAUAACAUGCAACACAGAAGUAGGUUUAAUUUGCCUUAACAGUGACAACUUCCCAAAAUGCGACAACUAUGAAAUUCAAAUUCAUUGCUGCACCACUAAUACCAUUACGAUAACAGAAACACCUACAGGGGCAACAGAAACAGUUCCAGAGACCACUACUUGUACAAUGACUACCACAACAACUACAAGCAGUCCAACAACAACCUCAACCACAACCCAUCCAACAACUACAACAACAAGUCCAUCAACUACAACAACCUCAACCCAUUCCACAACUACAACAACAAGUCCAUCAACUACAACAACCUCAACCCAUUCCACAACUACAACAACAAGUCCAUCAACUACAACAACCUCAACCCAUUCAACAACAACAACAAGCCAACCAACAACAACAACAACAAGCCAUCCAACAACAACAACUACAAGUCAUCCAACAACAACUACGACAAGCCAUCCAACAACAACUACUACAAGCCAUCCAACAACGACAACCACAAGUCAUCCAACAACCACAAGCCUGCCAACAACUACAACCACAAGCCAUCCAACAACUACAACCACAAGCUAUCCUACAACUACAAGCCAUACAGCAACAACCACAAGUCAUCCAACAACUACAACCACAAGUUCUCCAACAACAACAACCACGAGCCAUCCAACAACAACAACCACAAGUCCUACAACAACUACAGAGACCACAACCAGUGUUACUACAGUAACACAUACCAGAACACAUGCUUGUACUACUCCCUCUUCUCGUCUCGUCACAUCACCUCCUAUUUGUACGGUGACCCCAUGGAUUGAUGUAAGCUAUCCAGUAUAUGGAGGAACUGGAGAUGAUGAAUCUUUUGACAAUAUCAGAAGCCACGGAAUUUCUAUUUGUAAUGAUACUAUGACUGUCGUGAGUGUUGACUGCAGAGCAAAAGAUUUUCCCAGUGCUUCACUGCAAGACUUAGGACAAACCAUAACAUGCAACACAGAAGUAGGUUUAAUUUGCCUUAACAGUGACAACUUCCCAAAAUGCGACAACUAUGAAAUUCAAAUUCAUUGCUGCACCAUUAAUAGUGGUACAACAACAGAAACAACAGAAACAGUUCCAGAGACCACUACUUGUUCAAUGACUACCACAACAACUACAAGCAGUCCAACAACAACCUCAACCACAAGCUCACCAACAACUACAACAACUAUUCCAACAACAACAACCACAACCCAUUCAACAACUACAACAAGAAGUCCAACAACAACAAGCUAUCCAACAACCACAACAACAAGUCCAACAACAACUACUACUACAUCGUCAACAACACACACAACUUCCACGCAUGUCACUAUCACUUCAACAUCUGGGACAACUACUUCUACAGUGCCUUCUACAUCAGUGUCUACAUCAUCUACAUCAUCUAUACCUACUACAACUCUAUUAUCUACAACCAUCUCAACCAUAAGUACAGAGACCACAUCAGAGCCCACCACUUCCUUAUCUUCAACUACAUUUUCAACAAUCACCACAUCAACAAGAUGCUAUUGUCAAGUACAGACAACCUUAUAUGUCACUGGUAAGUUUGUUUAA